CUCGGGCCCUCCUUCCCUCCCCGCCGCCACCGUCCGCGUUUGGCCGGCCUCGGGGAAGGAAGAAAGGAGCGAAGGAGGCGGAGGAGCCCAGCCCCCUCCCUCAAUCCUCUCUGCCGCGGGGACCCAGGAAUCCAUACCCCUUCGGCACAGAAGAGGAUCCCAGCCACCUCCCAGACCUGGUCCCAGGCCCGGCGCCACCUCUCCCAGCCCCAGGAGGCCGGCCGCCCAGCCUUCUCUCUAGCCAGGAGUCUGGGCCAGCCCUCCUCCCCCUGGCCUCUCCCAGACCCUGGUCUGGGCACCCCCAUUCCAUUUCCGGGGCCUCGCAGUGUCGAGUUCCUCCCCCUCCACUCGGGCACCACAGGCUGGUUCCCAGCCCCUCCCUAAAGGCUCCAGCCGGGCCCUGGAGAGGCAGCACUUGGCUCCCUGUCUCCUCCCCGGCCCUGACUCUGCCUGGCUGUGUCUCCCCACUCCCACCCUGCUGUGGCUCUCUGAUCUCUGUGUCUGCUCCCUCUCCCCCUGAAUCUCUUUGUUUUGUCUCCAUCUCUGUCUCUGCUGGGAGUUCCCAUCUCUCUCUGCUGUCUCCCGCCACCCUGGCCGACGCUUCUGCUGCCCUCUGUCCUCUGUCCCCAAGUCCGUCUCCCCUCUGUCUUCUUCCGGCUUUCCGGCGCUCUGCUCUGCCUGGCUGAAUGUCUGACCCUGUCUGCACCUCCGUGUCUCUCUGUCUCUGCUUCUCUGCCUCCCUGCACACAUCGCCCUCUACACCCAGCACCCUCCCCACAACGUCUCAUUGUCUCCCCUCUCUCCCUACAGGCAUGGAUCCGCAGCCGCCUCCACCCGCCCAGGGCAGCCCCCCUCACCGGGGCCGGGGCCGGGGCCGCGGGCGCGGCCGGGGUCGGGGCCGGGGCCGGGGCCGGGGGGGCGCCGGAGCCCCCCGGGCCCCCCUGCCCUGCCCCACCUGCGGCCGCCUCUUCCGCUUCCCCUACUACCUCUCCCGGCACCGGCUGAGCCACUCGGGGCUCCGGCCCCACGCCUGCCCGCUGUGCCCCAAGGCCUUCCGCCGGCCCGCGCACCUGUCGCGCCACCUGCGCGGCCACGGGCCGCAGCCCCCGCUGCGCUGCGCCGCGUGCCCGCGCACCUUCCCCGAGCCCGCGCAGCUGCGGCGCCACCUGGCCCAGGAGCACGCGGGCGGCGAGGUCGAGCUGGCCAUGGAGAGGGCGGCCAAGGAGGCGGCCGAGGCCGGCCGGGGCGCGCAGGCCGCCGGCGCCGAGCAGCCCGGGCCCGCGGCCGCGGGGGCCGCCGACCAGGAGGCCGCGUGGCCCGACGCGUGGCCCGCGGGGGAGCCGGCCCCGCCGGCCGCGCCCGCCAGCACCGAGCCCCGCGAGCCGCGGGAAGAGGAGGCCGAGGCCGGCGCGGCCGAGCUGCGGGCCGAGCUGGCGCUGGCGGCCGGGCGUCAGGAGGAGAAGCAGGUCCUGCUCCAGGCCGACUGGACGCUGCUGUGCCUCCGCUGCCGCGAGGCCUUCGCCACCAAGGGCGAGCUCAAGGCGCACCCGUGUCUGCGCCCCGAGGGGGAGCAGGAGGGCGAAGGGGGGCCCCCGCCGCGCCCCAAGCGCCACCAGUGCUCCAUCUGCCUCAAGGCCUUCGCCCGGCCCUGGUCGCUGUCCCGCCACCGGCUGGUGCACUCCACCGACCGGCCCUUCGUGUGCCCGGACUGCGGCCUGGCCUUCCGCCUCGCCUCCUACCUCCGCCAGCACCGCCGCGUGCACGGCGCGCUCAGCCUCCUGGCGCCGCUGGCCCCGGCGGGCAGGAAGGACGACAGGGCCGCGGGCGCACGGACCUCGGGGAAGGGGCCCGAGGGGGGCGAGGCGGCCGAGCGCGGGGGCGCCUCGGAGGGCGGGGAAGGCGGGCAGAACGGAGGGGACGCCGCCCCGGCGCGGCCCCCCGCCGGGGAGCCCCGCUUCUGGUGCCCCGAGUGCGGCAAGGGGUUCCGGCGCCGGGCGCACCUGCGGCAGCACGGGGUGACCCACUCGGGGGCGCGCCCCUUCCAGUGCGUGCGCUGCCAGCGCGAGUUCAAGCGCCUGGCCGACCUGGCGCGCCACGCGCAGGUGCACGCGGGCGGCCCGGCCCCGCACCCCUGCCCGCGCUGCCCGCGCCGCUUCUCGCGCGCCUACAGCCUCCUGCGCCACCAGCGCUGCCACCGCGCGGAGCUGGAGAGGGCGGCCGCGCUGCAGGCGCCCCCGCCGCCCCCGCCGCCGCCCGCCGCGCCCGAGGACGCGCAGGGGCUCCCGCUGCCCGUCGCACGCAUCAAGGAAGAGCCGCCCUCCCCGGGGACCCCACCCCGGUCGCCGCCCCCCGCGCCCCCCGUCUUCCUCAGCGCCUCCUGUUUCGACAGCCAAGACCAUUCAGCCUUCGAGAUGGAGGAGGAGGAGGUCGACAGCAAGGCUCACCUGCGCGGCCUGGGCGGCCUGGCCUCCUGACCUCCACACCCAACCCUCCGCCCCUCCAUUUGGCUCCCGGUUUGCAAUACGGAGGGGGGACGUCCGAGAGUAGGCGCCUCCUCUGUCCACCCAGCCCUCCCCUUCCAGCCCUCAACACUAAGGGGGGUGGGCCCUGGACCGCCCCGCCCUCCCCAUCGCCCGCCCCCAGGCCCCCGGACGCUGGUUAGGAACCGCUUGCCCAGCAGGCGUCUGAAGGCAGUACACUCAGAGAAAAGGAGGCGGAGAAAACUGGCCAGAGAGAUGGAGACUGGGGGGGGGGGGGGUCCCCUGCCUGGCUGUCCCUCACCAUGCACACUGGACACCGUCACCUCUUUGGAACUGCCAGACCCUGGGGGUCCCCAGUGAGCAAAGGUCCAUCCCUGUCCCUUUGUCUGUCUGUGAAUAAAUGUGAGUUCGUGAAAAA